AUGGCGUGUAACACUGAAGCAGAAGAGGUGCUAAUUGACGAUUCACCACCACCAAUCAAUCCCUACGAAGUCCUUGGACUCGAUGUGCAAGCGUCCGCCGACCAAGUCAAGUCAGCGUACAGAAAGCAGGCACUGAAACAUCACCCAGACAAGGCCACCCCAGAAACCAAAGAUGAGGCUCACGCCAAAUUUCAGGAGAUCGCAUUUGCCUAUGCGAUUCUCUCUGACUCACGGCGUCGAACUCGCUAUGACGCAACUGGCAAUACUUCUGAAUCACUGGACAUUGACGAUGACGACUUCAAUUGGACUGACUUCUUUCGAGCACAAAAGGCUGAGAUGGUAGAUGGGGAGGCAAUUCAGCGAAUCAAGGGCGAAUAUCAGCACUCUGAACAGGAAAGGACUGAUCUGAUUGCUGCGUUCGAACAGUGUCAGGGCGAUAUGGACGCAGUCUACGAGGAGAUAAUGUGCAGCAAUGUGCUAGAAGAUGAUGAACGCUUUCGGCAGAUCAUCGAUGAUGCCAUCGACAAGAAUGAGGCAACUGCCUGGAAGAAGUACAAGAAGGAGACCGUGUCUCAGAGGCAGAAACGGGUGAAGAGGGCACGGAAAGAAGAGACCGAAGCGCGGGAGUAUGCAGAAGAACUUGGAGUUGCGGACAAGCUGUUUGGCAAGAAAAAGACGACUGGAAAGAAGAAAGAUGACAUCUCGGACCUUGCAGCAUUGAUCCAGCAAAGACAAAAAGGGCGUGAAGAUGCCUUUUUGGACAGCCUCGAAGUAAGAUAUGGGGAAAGGAAGCCGACCAAGGGAAGGAAAAGACCGCCAGUGACUGAGCCACCUGAAGAGGCCUUCGAGAAAAACCGAAAGAAGAAAGCCCGGGCAUGA